CGGUAAUGAAUUUUCCAUUUUUUUCUCUUAUUUCUUAAAUUUAUGAUUUUAGUUAAAAAAACGAAAAAUUAGACAUUAAAAAGAUAAAAAAAUCUCAGUGAAUCACGCGUAUAUCAACUUAAUGCCACACCGAACAUUAUAAACAAAUUGGAAUGACGAAUCAAAGCGAUUGUUUUUAUGUUGUAUGUGUAUCAAGUUGAACAAUCUUGAUGUGCAUGUUUGUUGAGCAACUGUCAUUCUUUUGACAGUUAACAGAGCUAAUUACAAGAGAAAUUUCAUAUCUUUUUGAAUUUUUCUUAUCGGUAUUGAACGCUAAGUUGAACGGCAUCAUAAAUUGAACGGCAUCAACUUGGAUUGUCUUGUUUUUUGUGAUCAUUUAACUUAAAAAGAAACGAAAAUGGGUGUUAGAGGCCUUAAAACAUUUUUUGAACGCGAAAAACUAGUUCGGCCAAUUGAAACUUCGGUAGAAAUCAACAAAUGGAGAGAAGAACAUCCUGGACAAAAGCCUAUAUUAGUCAUUGACUUUUAUAAUUUAUGUUUUUCUUUGACGGCAAACAUACAUGACAGUGUUUGCGGUGGUGAUGAUCAAAAAUCGUCAAACUCUUUGCGAAAAAUAUUGUCUACACUCAAAGAUGCUGGAUGUUCGCUUGUAUUUUUCAUGGAUUUAAAUGUGCAAGAAGGAAAAAUCGACGAAUGGUUGAGUCGUCGUAACGCUGAAUUUCAAUCAAACAUUAUCUUGUAUGACAGAAUUGGUUUACUACCACUUUCAGAGUUAUUUGAUACUGAUGAAGGAGCCGUGCUCGGUUCAACGCUUAAUGCAUUGAAGGCAAUAGCAAAAACAUACGGAGAAUUUCAUUAUUCAUCGCGAUACGAAUGUGAUUUGGAAACUGCUCAAUAUGCUACACAAAAUAAUGCAUUGGCCAUUUUGUCAUCAGAUACAGAUUUCUUAAUAUUCGAUGGUCCAUGGAAAAAUUGGUCGAUCCAUGAUCUACACUUCUAUCGAACAAAUGAAAUACGAACCAUUGAAUUCGAUAGAAACGGCCUUGCUAAAGUAUGUUCGCUGUCUCGAUAUCAACUUCCUUUGUUUGCCACUUUAUUGGGAAACGAUUUCACAAAGAAAUACGAAGAUCAAUUGGAGAAAUUUUACAACAGUUUGGGUCCAUUUAAAUAUCGAAUUAGGAACGUGGCGGCUUAUGCACGAAAGGUGGGCAGUGAAUAUCUCUCCGAUUUGGAUAUAAGACGACUUUCACAGCAUGUUUUUGGAAAAGCCGAUAAAAAAAUUCAACAAGUGAUCAGAGACAGCCUUGAUUCUUAUAAUAUUGAUAUUCCAUCAGCGACCAUUGACGAUCCUCUUGAAGAAAAGUUAUUAAACACCGACAUGUAUGAGCCUUACACGUAUUUGAUGGGCACAAUUCUAGAUAUUAUCCUCGAUUGUUAUGAUAUGCGAGGUUGUAAACCAGAAGCAAAUUAUCCAUUGCUCAUCGCCGAUUGGUAUAAACGUAAUGUCGGUAUAUUGCGGCAACGAAACAAUGACAGUGAAUUCACUUUUACAAUAUUGAUGAAGAAAAGCAUUGAUGUAGGUUAUAAAGCAUAUACCGAAACACCAAUUUAUCCCAACUUUUCAGUACCUUGUUUAGACGAUUUAUAUUUGCAAAUCGACAGCGUUGAUAAUAUGGAAAUCCGAUGGAAAAUUCUUGCAUUCAUUAUGUCGCUAUCUGAAAAUACGAUUUCCGCAAUCAAAAUAUUGCCAACGGCUUUUCGGCUUAUAAGUACGACUUUGUUUGCACUGGUUAAGCACGGACUCAUUCAGGAGAUUGAAGCCGAUGGUAUUCUUCACACCGAAUAUAUGAAUUCCACAAAUGAUAUCAAGGACGUAGAUUAUCCCACUGUUUUGGUGGCAAGUCAUAUUCGGGCAGCACAUCUUUACAAAAGCGCACAUUCACAUAUUCAACUAAAUUUUGCUAUUGCCGGUCUUCUAUCAUUUAUCAAGGAAAACUUGCAAUUUAAAGGUCUGUAUUUCCAGUAUAUAAUGUCGAAAAUCAUCAAGAUGAAUGCAACCGAACGCGAAUCGUUCUUUGCUCCAAUCAAAACCUAUCGAAUUUAUUCAUCGGAUUGAUUUGCUAUCGCAAAUACUUCAAAAAUUAAAUUUUAUCUAUUUUUUAAACAACUACUAUCCUUCAAAAGGUUUGUCAUAAUUUGAGCCAAUUAAAGUCAUUUGUUUACGAACUAUAAUUAUAUUACUUCGAGUAGGAAAAAAAAACAUUUCAAUUGAAUAACUAAAGUCAAGUCGAAAUUUUGAAAAACUCUGAGAGUUACGUGACUUAUAAUUUUGUCCUGAACUGUACAUGUCUAAAACUUGAACCAAUAAACUAUAAUAAUGUAAUGACUUCUCGAGCUAGACUGAUUUCUUCAAUUUCAGC